CGUUCAUCGUGCAUAUUUGUCCGUACCUUCACCGCAAGUUGACUGCUGUUGACUGCAAGGUCACCAGACCUUUGCGCACAGUGUUGGUGCCUUGACUUGAACGUCAUUGGGUACUAUUGUUGACAUGUUCGAGUCGUAUGACCCUCCGUCGGACUGACAUCCCGGGAUCGCCGCUUGCCUUACCGUAGCUCUACUCCCAGGCUCUGACUUACACCACUGGCUACCAUGACAAGCUGCUCUAAAGGUGUUGCACUGAUCACUGGUGCUGGUCAAGGGAUUGGCCGUGCAAUUGCUCUUCGCCUGGCCGCCGAUGGCUUUGACAUUGGACUCAACGAUAUCUCUACCAACAAGUCUAAGAUUGAGGAGGUCGCGCAGGAGAUAGCGACUGCUCAUUCAGGACGAAGGGUCUGCGUACUUCUCGCAGAUGUCACAGUCGAGGACGAUGUUCGUAGUAUGGUGGACAGUGUCGUGACUGAGCUUGGUGGUCUGGACGUCAUGGUCGCAAACGCCGGUAUCAUUCACAUCGGACCAUUGGUGGAAACUACCACAGAAGACUGGGAGAAGAUCUUUGCAGUCAACGUCAGAGGGGUGUUUUUAAGCUACAAAUACGCGGCUAAAAAGAUGAUUGCCUUGAAUGAGACCCACAAACGAGGCCGACGCAUCAUUGGCGCCAGCUCUAUAUCCGGUAAAAGAGGUGAUGAAUACCUUAGCGCGUACUGUGCUUCCAAAUUUGCAGUCCGAGGUCUUACCCAGUCUACUGCCAUCGAAGUUGGACAACACGGUAUCACCGUGAAUACCUACGCUCCAGGACUAAUCGUGACUGCCAUGCAUCUCGACCUCAAUGCAGCGGCAAUGAAGCUGAGAGGAUUAUCUGACCCUGAUGUCUAUGACGAAAAUGCCAAGAAGAAGAUCUGUGUCGGGUAUAAGGGGACUCCAGACGACGUUGCGGGACUGGUCUCUUACAUUGCCUCCGCAGAAUCUCAUUUUAUCACAGGACAAAGUAUCACGGUCGAUGGUGGGAUGCAUUUUGACUAAAUGAUGCUGGUUGGCGGGGGGACUAAGACUCAUAUGUGCUACGGCCUGCAGUUGUAACAACUCUUGUACAGUAGGCAUGCUCUUGGCUAACGCUCAUAGACAUGCCCCUUCAUACGCGUUACCGUGCAUAAUAUCUAGGUCCGGAAGUCUACAUCUGCCAAUGGUGCACACGCAUAUGCAAUCCCUGAGUGAUACACGCCAAAGAGCA